AUGUGGCUGUACAGUGCUGUGCUCAUCAUCAUCCUUCUAUGCCUGGUUUGUAUAACACGGAUGAAAGAAAACACCACGGAUGAAAUACUUCUGCCACCCGGGCCUACCCCACUACCAUUGAUAGGUAACAUUCUACAAAUGAGACCUGAUAAAUUCCUGUUAACCCUGCGGAAGUUUCAAAAGAAAUAUGGUCCAAUCUUCACUGUAUAUUUUGGAACUCGGCGUACAGUAAUGUUAUGUGGAUAUGAUGUUAUCAAAGAGGCUCUGAUUGACCAAAAAAAUGCUUUCAGUGGAAGAGGGAAGAUGGCAUUGUCUGAAUAUGUUCUGAAAGGAUAUGGCAUUACAGCAAGUAAUGGAGAACGCUGGCUACAAAUGCGAAGGUUCGCUCUUACUGUGUUGAGAAAUUUUGGGAUGGGGAAAAGAUCCAUUGAGGAAAAAAUCCAGGAGGAAGCUCAGAUUCUAGUAAAAGAAUUUGGUAAAACUGAAGGAAAGCCAUUUAAUCCCACUUUCUUGGUGAGUUGCGCUGUAUCCAACAUGGUCUGCUCCAUGGUGUUUGGGAAGCAUUUUAAUUACAAUGAUGAAUGUUUCUUAAAUCUCCUUCAUAAUAUCAAUAGGAUUCUUCGCUUUAUGAACUCUGCAUGGAGUGCACUUCUUUACAACUUCGUUUGGCUUAUGCCUUACAUGAUAGGACCUGCCAAGCGAGGGGCACAAUAUCUGUCUGAGCUCAAGGCGUUUGUUGAUGAGAGGGUGGAAGAGAGCCAAAGGACCCUGGAUCCCAAUUCUCCCCAGCACUUUGUUGAUUGUUUUCUGAUAAGGAUGCAGGAGGAAAAAGAAAAUCCAGAUACAGAGUUUCACAUGAAGAAUCUUGUGGCUUCAGCUUCAAAUUUGUUAUUUGCUGGAACUGAAACUAUAAGCACAACUCUUCGAUACGGAUUCCUCAUUCUCCUUAAAUAUCCAGAAAUUCAAGUUAAGGUCCAGAACGAGAUAGAUCAAGUGAUAGGUCAUCGUUGCCCAUCAGCAGAAGACCGAACCAAGAUGCCUUACACCGAGGCCGUAAUCCAGGAGAUUCAGCGAUUCGCUGAUAUUGUCCCAACUGGACUGCCGCACUGCACAAUAGAGGAUGCUUAUUUACGAGGCUACCUUAUCCCUAAGGGCACAGAUGUGUUCCCAUUACUGACUACCGUACUAAAGGACCCUGAACAGUUUCCAGAUCCAGAUGUGUUCUCCCCCAACAGGUUUCUGGAUGAUAAUGGAGACCUAAAGAAGUACCCUGCCCUGCUGCCUUUUUCUACAGGAAGGAGGAUUUGCCCAGGAGAAAGCCUAGCUCGCAUGGAGCUCUUUCUGUUCAUCACCACUCUCCUGCAGACGUUCACCUUGACCACGACAGUGCCGCGAAAAGAUCUGGACCUAACCCCCGAGGUCAGCAGUGCUGGACACCUACCUCGCCCCUACAAAAUGUGUGCCAUUCCCCGCACUAACACUUGA